AUGGUGGAAAAAGGUAUAGAGAUCUUUAUGGGUGACUUUUCAGUCUUUGGGCCAUCUUUUGAUGGAUGUUUGUCUAAUUUGGAGAGGGUUUUGAAAAGAUGUGAGGAGUCGAAUUUAAUAUUAAACUGGGAGAAAUGUCUUUUUAUGGUGACAGAAGGCAUAGUCUUGGGCCACAAAAUUUCACGCCAUGGUAUUGAGGUAGACAGGGCCAAGAUAUCGACAAUAGAAAACUUACCUCCACCGGUGUCUGUUAAAGGGGUUUGUAGUUUUUUGGGCCAUGCUGGAUUUUACAGGAGGAAAAAAUUGGUGUCUGCUCCGAUUGUUGUAUCACUGAAUUGGGAACGUCCUUUUGAAUUAAUGUGCGAUGCUAGUGAUUAUGCAGUAGGAGCGGUUCUAGGACAACGAGUUGACAAGGGGACAGAAAAUCUAGUUGCAGAUCAUUUGUCUAGAUUAGAAAAAGGAGAAGAGCAUAAUGAGAAAGAGGAACAAAUUGAUGAAAACUUUCCGGAUGAACAGUUAUUUUCGAUUGAAAGUGAAGAAAAGCUACCUUGGUUUGCGGAUUAUGUCAAUUAUUUGGUAGCUAAAGUUGUGCCUCCAGACAUGCCAAAGCAACAACUCAAAAGGUUCUAUUCGAAAGUCAAGCAUUAUUAUUGGGAUGAGUCCAUUCUCUUUCAUCAUUGUGCUGAUCAAGAACAAGGACAGCAGCUAAAGUUUUGCAAUGUGGAUUUUAUUGGCCCAUGUUAUUUAAAGAUGCUAGUGCCUUUGUUAAGAGUUGUGAUCGUUGCCAAAGGACCGAGGAAGUCAUUUCUGCAACAAGUCAUUCACAGCUCUAUGUGCUCGUUAUGGAGUUCAUCAUCGAAAGGCCUUGUUCUGUCAUCCACUUGCAAAUGGUCAAGCAGAAGUGUCAAGCCAAGCCGGGAGAUUAAAAGUAUUUUGGAGAAGACUGUAAACACAUCAAGGAAGGAUUGGUCGAAAAAGCUUGAUGAUUCAUUGUGGGCAUAUCGCACAACCUUCAAGACUCUGAUUGAUAUGUCACCAAAUCAACUGAUGUUUGGAAAGGCAUGUCAUUUACCGGUGGAACUUGAGCACCGAGCUUAUUGGGCAGUAAAAAAGCUGAAUGAUGAUCUCUUUAUAGCGGGACAAAAUAGGCUUUUGGAGUUGAAUGAGCUCGAUGAAUUUCGAAAUGAAGCCUAUGAGAAUGCAAAGAUUUAUAAAGAAAAGUCUAAGGCAUUUCGUGAUAAAAUGAUAAUUAGGAAGGAUUUCCAACCGGGAGACAAGGUGCUAUUAUUUAAUUCUCGAUUGAAGCUUUUUCUAGGAAAAUUAAAGUCGAGAUGGUCGGGACCAUUCACAGUUGUUGUCUCAUUGCUUUAUGAAGCGAUACAGAUUCAUAGAGAGAAGACGGGCCACUUUAAAGUGAAUGGUCAGAGAUUAAAGCACUAUUUGGAAGGACCGGUGGAAAAAUGCAAGUCUGUGUUGCUUUUGGAACCCCUUUGA